AUGAGAAAAAAAGUUGAAAAAAUUAAAAAAAGUAUUUGAUUUUAUAACUGUAGAACCAUGGAGUGAUUAUGAGGAUGCUUAAGUUAUGCAAUUAGUUGAAUAAUAUGGGCCACAUAAAUGGACAUUUAUAGCAUCUAAGUUAUAAGGUAGAAUUGGUAAACAAUGUAGGGAACGGUAUACAAUGUUGAGUAAUAUAGUUGGCAUAAUCAUUUGAAUCCUUUAAUAAAAAAGUCACCUUGGGAAUAUGAGGAAGAAUGGAUUUUAUUUUUGUAUCAUGAAGCUAUUAGUAAUGAAUGGGCAGAAAUUGCUAAGCAUUUAGAAGGAAGAACUGAUAAUGCAAUAAAGAAUCAUUGGAAUUCUGGAAUGAAGAAGAGAAUGAGUGAAUUUAAAGAAAAGUUAUAGAAAAUAAGAUAACAAUUUUUAUAAAAAGGGUUUUAAAUUUGAAUUAAAGAAGGUAGGCAUACUUUUUUAGAUUAAUUUGUGAACCCUUAUGAAAGGAAAGCAAUGGAAAUAAUAUUUUUAAAUAAAAAGUAUUUAAGUUUGGUUACAGAUACAGAGGAAGAUGAGAUUGAUGAGCCACCAAUAAAACCAAAUUAAAAUACUUCUUUGAGAACUCGAAGUAAUUUGAAUAAUAAUGUAUAAUAAAUGUAUAUGAAGUUUGAAAUUAGAAGCAAAUACAUUAGUAAACAUCCAAGAAGAAAUAGAAUGCAUAGAAAAUAUUUGAUAUAUAAAAAGAAUUAAAUGAAAGAAAUAGAGAAAGAAAAGGAGAAUAAAAAUUUGUGUAAUGUACCAUCAGUACAAAUAGAAUUUAGAUAAAUGUUUUCAAUGCAAUAAUUAGAUUAGACUCCUUAAAAAGUAUAUAAGUAGUUUAUAAAUUCUAUAUUAUUUAGUGAUGAUUUUUAUUAAACACCAGCAGCAUUUAAUCGAAUAUAAAGAUUAACAAUCAGUAGUUCAAAGUUUAGUUAAUUUAAAUGUUCAGUUUAAGUAAUAUAAUAGAUAUAUAUAUCAAAUAGAAUGAUACAUUUAAUAAUUAGUUGUAAGAAGAACUAAAAUAAAACUUAUUUUUAUGAUAUAUUUUAUUAAUUAUCAAAUCUAUCAUAUAACUCAAUAUACUUUGAAAAAUAAUAUGUUAACAAUAUAAUUGAAUAAUAAAUAAUAUUAAAUAAAAAUCAUAUGAAACUUGGAACUUGUACUGAAUGGCUCUUCUUCCAUCUUUGGAAAAAGAAUCCUAAUUCUGGUCAUAGUUGUAAUGGAGUCUUUCUUGCUGAUACUGUUAUUUACAGAUGGGCAUAACCUUAUUUUAGUAAUCUAUAAUCAAUACAAUAGGAUAUUUUACAGCUUAGAAUGGUCAAAUCAUUAGAAAAACUAAAGAAAGGGUGUUUAUUGAGUAAGUUGAAUAAGCAUUUUUAUAAGAUAAUACUGUUGCUGUUUUAUUAACUAGUCAAGUAAUUUUGAUUAACAACUAUUUUAGGCUCAAUCAAAAUAAUAGGAAAUAAUCAAUUUUGAAUACUUUGAUAAAGAGAACUUUGGUAAAUUCUUAUAUUAAAGAGAAAAAGAGCUAAAUUCAAUACUUCAAAAGUAGAAAAUUCAGUUGAUAUUUUAUAGAUUUAUUUAUCCUAAGAGUGAUCAUAAUUCAAUGAUUAAAGUAACAUGGUCUCCAUAAUUUUGUUUAAUUAACAGGAAAACAAAUAUUAAUAAUAUGAAUGAUAUGAAAAAACCAUUAUAUGAAAGAGUUAGUACAUUUGAUGGUCCUGAAUAUUUAUCAGUUUCAGAUUCUAUAAGUUCACCAUUAUUAAGUUCAGAUUUAGAAUAAUUAUGUGUAAAUAUUGUUAAACAUGUCUAAGAAGUUUCAGGUGGAAAUAUAUAAAUUAUUAGAAUGGUUUUAUAUUUUAAAGUAGAUUAAGAGAAUAGAAUUUGGUUAAUGUUUUGUACUGGUAUCAAAGUAAAAGAUAAAUUUUCAAUACAUCCAGAUAAACAUAGAACAGAUUCUCCUCUAUUUAAAAUAAUAAGAAGAGAUCUUGAACCUGUUAUUACAGGAACUGAAAAUGUUUAAAAAGUUGUUAAAUAUAAUAGUGAAGGAUAAAUAGAAGAAUUAUUAUAUUAAUUAGAAAGUGUUUGUUCAAAUUGUGAUUUAUUUUCAUCAGAAUUAUAUUAAUUAUAAUUUGAAUAAAUAAUUGAAAGUUUUGAAAGAGUAUUUAUAAUUAAUAUAUAUUAUUAGGCAUUAGUAAGUAAUGAAUUUACUAGAUUACCAGAAGAUUUGUAAAAGAUUAAAUUGAAAAAUGAUAAAAAAAGUGAAUUAUUAAAAUUAAACUAACAUAUUAAAACUAGAUCAAAAUAAUUUAUUCAUAAAGGUAAUUUUAAUAUUAAAACUAUAAUUAGAUUAUUAAUUAUCAAAUUAUUUUGAAUAAUAAUCAAAUUAAUAAAUUUCUGGUACAUAAAGUCAAUAAGAAAUAUUGGUUGAAAAAUAUAAACUUGUAAAUAAUUAGAAAACUUCUGAUUAAGUUCAUGCUGAAAUUUAAGAAUUAUGUCGAUAUUUAGAUGAAGAAUAAGAAGAUUGUAAAUUGAAUUUUAAAAGUGUUCCUGCUUUAAUCUUAAAAGUAUGGGGAAAAUUAUCUGAAGAAAAAUAUAAAUAAUUAAAAUAUAAUCCUAGUUGGAGAUAACUCAAAACUUAAGUUUGUUUGGAUUGUUAUCUCAAAUAUACUGAAUGUUGUAAUCUUACUUAAUUUGAAAGAAAAGUGUAUUAAUAUUCAAUCUAAUUUAAAUUAGUAAGACAGCUGCUCAAAACUUAAAAAAAAAAGUAGAAGAUCAAUAAGUCAAUAAUAUUCUAUUGUAAAAUACCUUGCUUGAGAUUAAUAAAAGUAAUUUUACUUAAAAUUUUCAUUCAUCUUUGCCUCCUGUAAUGGAAUAAAGAACUAUUACAGCUGGUGGAAAAGCUAGUGUUGCUAAAACAGCCAAUACUUAAUAAAGAUCGACUGCAUUAAAUACACCACCUUAACCUCAUCAAAACACUUUAGAAGCCAUGCCUUAAUUCUUUAAUAAAUUUAUGAAAUAAGAAACUAAACCUAAAAAGGCUCCAACUACUUAAAAAGUAUUAUAUAUUUUUUAAUUUUAGAUUUACCAAAAUCGAUAAGGAUUACAUAUGUCAUUGAAUCAUUCAAAUUAAUCAAGAUCUUCUCGUUCAACUUAAGAUUAAUCGAAAAUUUCGUUUGAUUAUAUGAUAUCUACUGUUUCAUAGCUGAAAAAGAAAUUAUAAGAAUUGGAAGAUGAAGAACAAUCUUAAAAAAAUUAGCCAACUUAAAAGCCAUAAACUCUAUAGGAUUAAUCAGAAUUUAAUUCUUUAUUACAAAGUAGCAAAUUACUUCAGACUAAAUCCCAACCACAUUAAUGA